AUGGACACCAUACAGGAUGCUGCGAUACCUCACUUUAAAGUGAUACAGCCCGGCGAGACAGACCUGCUCGGUUUGCCGUAUGACUUCCAUUCUGUCACCCACUACGGACCGUACCAGUACGCUAUCAAUACAUCUCUACCCACCAUUACCACUAAUGUGUCCGGGUUCAGCUUCGACAAGAGGGACACCCUCAGUUUCUACGAUGUCCUUAAAGUACAGACGUUAUACAAAUGUCCCAAAGGUUAUACUAUGUUUGACAAGGAUGUCAAUCGCUUUAAUCAAACGCCUGCUGAUAGGUACUACCCACAAUGGAGCUUCACCUCUGACAAACUCCGGGAUUACAUGAACACCACCUGUGACAGAGAAGGUAAUUACACAUUGACCGCGUUAAAUGGCGCCAAAUGGAUAAGUAAGUUCCCUUUACCACCAUCGGGUAACUUUUGUGUUUCUGUGUGUAUCUGCAUCGCGUCCUCCUCCUCCAAGAUAAAAUCAUACAUACAACUCACCACGAUGGAAGGACUCGAUAUAUCCAAACUCAACUACACUCAACCGAGCGGGCACUGGGACAGGAUGAACACGACGUACACCUCAGAACAGGAAUGGACAAUGUUGGUGAAAGCUCACAUCAUGUGGGGAGGAGAUGUACUGGCUCUAAGCAACAUGGUCAUCACUAACGGCGUGUGUGGCAUGUAAGAGGGACCUUGUCUGCAGUAAGCUGUCCGUUAUUCCGCUUUCCGCUCGCUUGUUUUGUUUUGGGCAAUGGAUGAGGUUUGAAGUUAAGAAUUCGUUAUUUACUUAAGGCUACAGGACGCCGUUAUUAAGGCUACUGGAACUUUGCUAUUAAAAGUGUGUUUAACUGUGAAUUAUACAAGUAUAUCAGUGUAUGUUACGCAAUUAGUCUAAGUAUCAUAUGCUAUCCAAGAUUUCUUUUCUAAUGUUUCGUUGAAUAUUAUAUAGAAAAAAUGUACAACCGUAUUUGCACUUGAAUGACCAAUGAAUUCACUUUUCCAUAAUAAAUGUCAAUCUACUCUGAAUUUACUUCUCCAAAAUUGAUGUCUAUCUACUCUGAAUUCACUUUUCCAUAGUUGAUGUCAAUCUACUCUGAAUUUACUUUUCCAAAAUUGAUGUUCAUCCACUCUGAAUUUACUUUUCCAUAAUUGAUGUCAAUCUACUCUGAAUUUACUUUUCCAAAAUUGAUGUUCAUCUACUCUGAAUUUACUUUUCCAUAAUUGAUGUCAAUCUUCUCUGAAUUUACUUUUCCAUAAUUGAUGUUCAUCUUCUCUCUAAAUAUGACAUCUUCUAGAAAUGAAUUAUAGAUUGUUCAUGUAUUCUCACUGUUUGAUUUAAUUUCAGCAAGUAAAUGUAAGAUAAAAUAAGCUGCCAAGAAGUCUUUGUAUGACAUAGAUUAAGGAUCACUAUCUCACUGCGCCUGCCGUUCCUCCUUAACACAUGGAUAUAACUAAAGAUCAUUUUGGCUCGUACACUUCCCUAACGUUAUCUAGUUAGGUCAGUCGGUUUCAGCAAUAACAUAACAAUCUGACAUAAAUGGGUUCGAAUCCGCAAACAAUAUCUUUAACAUUCAGAAGCGCCACAUAUGUGUGAUAUGUUAACACUUUAUCCGCCUCCGGUGCUUCCCCAUGCGUGUAAGCCUUCUGGGAAAUUGAGGCCACAAACCCAUGCGUAAAAUAUCGCAAAAUCUUUAUUUGAUAAAAACAUAACUUCAAUGCAGGAAGGUAUACAAAAUGCCAUUUUUUAACAUGUGAAGAAUAUUGUCCAAUCCAAACGGUAUGUUCUAUUUACUGCAUAGAUAGGGUUAGGGUUAGGGUUCAAAAUGGCACUCUGUUUUGUUUUCAAGUGUGACAUCAUUAGAAACAGGAGUCAGUAAGUCAUUUUCAUAAAAAGGUUUGGUGUCCAGUAGAUUUGCUGCAUUUCUUUGUUGAUUCUUUUUUGUUUAUUUCAUCUCCAUAAUGUUUUCAUAAAAAACCCACAAGUUAUACUUUUCUUUUUAAAACUGAUUUAUAAAUGCUAUAGUCAUGCCAAAUAGUGAGGUUACGAAUGCAUAGUUUCAUUUCUUGGCAGUGGAACGGGGAUCCCUAAGUCAUUUAAGUAUUGGUAGUGAUUCUGUAUUUGUAUUCGAUUUGGACUGUUUUUAAUGAAGCUGUCAACAAGUCUGUGUAUGACAGGGAUUAGAAGGUUAUUUAAUUUCAAUAAGUAGUGUCACGGACUUAAUCAAGUAAUUACAUAACCAGCCAGUAUGUAUAUGUAUCUUGUGAAAGAUUGGAUCAAGUUGUUUAAUAUUGUUUAAAUCUGUAUACGAUCUGAAUCGAAUUUAUAAGUUAUCAACCAUCUUGUUUGGACUAAAUCAAGUUAUCGAAUAUAUGUGUUUUAUUACUAUAAACAGGCUCUUUUUUUAAUAUAUCUUAACAGUAUGAUGAAUUGACCAACAUUGUGAAAAUCUCGUUUUAGAACAACGUAAAGGCGAAUUAUAGAAAGUUAUCCAUGUGUGAGGAAUAAGGUUUGAUGUAAUAUACAAACAUAGUUUUUGACUUCAAACACUGUUGGAUAGACACCAUUUUCUCCUUCCCUUCACAAGUGUGUCUCCCGUUUUUGCCGGGAAAGAUCAGCUUGUCACCCCCUAGGGGGAGAUAGCCUCGUGCCGAUUAGCACGUUUUCGACUGUGACGUCAUUAUAA